AUGUCCGAACUUGUCGACUUCAAACUCUUCGAACUUUUACCAGAGGAAAUCAGACGCAUAGUAUGGCGCGAGGCCCUCGAAGACCGAUUCGUGGUCGUAGCCCCCAGGGUGGACUGGCUUGCUCGAAGAAGUCGUUUGCCCGCCAUGUCCGCUGUCCAUCGAGAAAGCCGCAAAGUUUUCUUGGGAAUGUACAUUCGGCUGAUCAGCGAGUCUACGGGCAUGCCUCACACAACAAGUUCCUUUGAUUGGCUCGUCAAAGACCAUGUCUACUUCAAUCCUGAUGUUGACACCCUCAUUCUCGGUACGAUUGUCGACAGACUAGGGGGCUUCCGAUUUGCGCUCGCCAGCCCUCAGUGGCAUGUAAAAGUUGGUGGCUUGGGGGACUUAAUUAAAUCGCCAAUCUUCCCGGGCUAUAUCAAAAAGCGACUUCGAAAAGUGCGUUUACACGACAGCUGCUUCCUGCAGCGGAUAUUCAAUCGAAGACUUGAUAGAGGCGAAACCCUCCAUUCUUACAGCCCUUUCAACAUUUCCGGCACAUCGGGGCCCAUUCCACUUCCCAGCCUUCAAUUCCCAUGUCUCGAGGUCAUCCACCUGGUUUCUCUGCUUUGCGUUCCAAUACCAAUAAUCACGCCGCAAGGUCGGGCAGGAUUUUCCAUGCGUGGAAGGGCAGUUCAUUUUCGUUACAUACUGCCCACCAAUAGGCUUUACUAUCAUAACGACGCGACCCUACGUUACGAGUACCUUGAAGGUAUACGGCCGAACUAUCGCAUUCCUGACGAUCACUUCAGGGUCGACCCGAAUGAUAGUUGUGGUAUCCGCAUCGACAUCUCUCGCGACGGCAAUGUCGAUUGGAUUACUGACACCUAG